AUGCGUUCACCCUCCUCUGUGAAGGGAAGAAAGCAGGACGGCGUGCUGUCGCUGGAGCGACCAGAUGGACGGCGGUCGGGCGGCGUUGGACCGGAUUCGGGACCCUCCAUCUGGACAGCAGAUCAGAGGGGUCGCUAUGGCGACCAGCAGCAAGCGGAGGGCGUGGACCCGGCCUUGCUGAUGGAGGAGGGACUCGCUAAUUCCACACAGAUUGUAGACAUCGAUCACGUCUACUACACCUCGAAGAUCUACGGCUCCGGAGACGGCGGCGGUAAAGAGCUGUGGGUGAACAUCGAUGAGGUGGAGGACGACCAGAAGGUCCGCGGCUUCCUGUCCGACUCCCACAGACAAGCCGAGAGAGUGAAUCUGUCCUUCGCUUUUCCUUUCUACGGACAUUUACUGAAAGAAAUCACAAUCGCUACCGGAGGUUUCAUUUACACCGGAGACAUCAUCCACCAGAUGCUCACGGCCACUCAGUACAUCGCGCCUUUAAUGGCCAACUUUGACCCGGGGAUGUCCAAGAACUCCUCCGUCUUCAGCUUCGACAACGGCACGGCGCUGGUGGUUCAGUGGGAUCACGUCUACCUGCAGGACAACGCCAGCGUGGGAGCCUUCACCUUCCAGACGGCGCUGCACAGCGACGGACGCAUCGUGUUCGCCUACAGAGAGAUUCCCACGGACAUCAGUGAGCUCGGCUCUGAGAGUCAUCCCGUCAAAGUGGGGCUGUCGGACGCGUUUGUGGUGCUUCAUGAGAUCGAACAGAUUCCAAAUGUUCGCAGGAGGACAAUCUACGAGUACCACAAAGUGGACAUCCUCAAGUCCAGAAUCUCCAACUACACCGCCGUGGAGAUGAUUCCUCUGCCCACCUGUGUGCGGUUCUCCAGCUGCGGCCCGUGUCUCACUUCUCAGAUUGGCUUCAACUGCAGCUGGUGCAGCCGACUGCAGAGAUGCUCCAGUGGCUUCGACCGUAACCGGCAGGACUGGGUUGACUUCGGCUGUCCCGACGAGAGGCGGGAUCCCAGAUGUUUGCAGGGUCCAGAAGUGGCGAAUGCCUCGUCACGUCACCUGACGCGCACGACCACCCCCGCCUCAGCGACUGCGGGGCAGCAGAGGACCCCCGGUCUGACCCCCACCCCAAUCGGCCGGACGCCCGCCGUCACCAGCCCGUCCAGGUCCGGCAGCUCCGGCAGGAGGACGGCGUCCAGCCUGCAGCCUCUGAACAGCAAGUUAGCAGACGGAGACGGAGGGAGCCCCGGAGAGCGAGACGAGCAGCUGCAGGCCGGCUACCUGGCGGCCGUCGUGGUGAUGCUGGUCAUCAUGGCGGCGGCCGUCACUACGUCCAUCUAUAUUUACAAUCAUCCCACCUCCAGCGCCAGCCUCUUCUUCAUGGAGCGUCGACCGACCCGCUGGCCCAUCCUGAAGUUCAGGCGGGGGUCCGGCCGGCCGUCGUACGCCGAGGUGGAGGCGCCGGGCCUGAGCAAAGACAGCGCCGUGAUCUUCGACCCCAAACAGUCCUUCGUCAUGUCGGACAGAAGGGAGAGCGAGCAGAAAGAAGGAUUCGUCGUUCCCGAUCAGAGGGAGUGCUUCCUGGUGUCGGAGAGCUCCUGACCUCGGCCACACCUCCCAUCAGGCUU